AUUUCGUCGUGUUUUUACUCACUACGCUUCAUAAAUGCUCGUUUCUAAGCGUUUAUCUUUCACUUGUUUUGAUUUUCGUCGUCCAUAGUUUCUGUUUGCUUGCGAGAUAUCGAAUUCGUAGUAAGAAUAGGUAGUCAACAAAGUGAAAGUAGAUAGGCUCGAUGGAUACAAUGAGUUAAUCGAUGGAUACAAAGUAACAAGGGGUCUAGGACUUUAGGUGUUGUAAGCUUUAUUACUCUUCGUUCUUAUCUGAGUGAGGAGCCAGGAGCCAUCUUUAGCCGUUAACGUUUUUACAUUGUUUACUUUGCUAGCAUUAUGAUUUUUUGAAGAGUUUUGUAACUCGUAACUUUAUUCCGUUCUAGUACUGCAUGCAAGGUACUCAUAACUUCUAAGCGGCUCUAUCACACACACGACUAUUUAUUGAAAUAGAAACACAAAAAUGGGCAAAGGUGGAAAAGGAAAAGGAGGCGGCGUUGCUUCCGAAGUGCCAGCAGUCUUAGUAAAGCUUUUGGGCUCCGAUUUUGUGUCAGGUACAGCGGGAAAGGAAGUGCAGUCCACAUUGGCACGCGAAACCGGUGGACAGUUUUUCUAUGCAAUGUCACGAAAAGAAUGGCCGGAAUUCCGACACUUUCCUUAUGUUUUCCGGCCUAGUCCGCGCACGAGGAACGAGUAUGACCCACAGGAAGUUUUCGGCACAGGAGUGAAUCCGGCGGAUUUAUCUCCCCAGGAAAUUUGUGACGCAUGGCUGAGCCGUCCGAUACAAUGGGAACUUGUAGACAUUAACAAAACCAAAGGGAAUUCUCCCGGUUUGGUCUUAACAAGGACUAAGCAAGGAGAGCAGUUAAAGGAUCUGCACCGACUGCAGUUAGACGCUUGGCAAGCAGAGCCGGGAGAGCGCAAUGUGGACGUUGUUUACUGUCCCACUGCUUGGUCCUCUGGGCCUCCCAUGGGACACGCCAUUGCUGUUCCCCGGGGCCGCGAGGAACUUCUCUCGAGGAUGUUGAGUGGUACUGAUGCGAUUGCGAUCAUGACUAAGUCAUCAUAUCAGUACAAUAAUAUGCAGAAGAGGUAGAUAAAUCAGCCUGGAAUAUUACUUAGACGCUAUGCUCUUGCAUCCGUAUUUUGUCUUUCAUCGUCCUUCUUCAGGAACCCUGCGACAUGCCGCUGAGCGUAUGGGCAUAAGUAUGGGACGGGAUGGAUACGUGGUGCUUAGGGACAUCCUGAGACACCCAGAGUACGUCGGCAAGUUUGGCGCGAUUCAUCCAUUAGAAGUAAGAUGUCUUGUGGAAGCGAACCGCAAGCAGCGUUUUCAGAUUUCUGGUCCAGAGGAGGGCGAGCCAGAAGAUUCCUUGCGGAUUCGCUGUACGCAGGGGCAUUCUGUCAAGAUUGUCAGUGCUGAAGAAACCAUGACUGCCGUCGCGAGCAUUGAGCACUAUCUCCAGCUAGCUGGGCUGGCCAGUUACGCCGAUCGGGCUGUUGUAGCCGCCCAGCAUCGUGACGACUUUUUAGUCUUGUCAUCAGGUUCAACACCGAACUCAAGAACAUCAUCUCAAGUCCUCUUGCCCAGGUCAUCGAGUGCGCACUCACAACCAGGUCCAUACUCAUCACCCUCCCGCUCGCCUCCCCUACAGCCACUGAACGCGUCUCGAGCGUUAACGAUAAGCGAGAAAGCAGCCGCGACUGCCGCACGACGAGUCGCUGCCUAUGCCGCGGCCCACGGUGCGUCUUCCACCUGCUCUCCCCCAGUACCCCUACAGCACCCGGUGCUCCCACCCCCUGGCGGCCUCUCUCAGCAAGUGGAAGCACAACCACGACCGCUUGCGGUGAUUGUGCAUGGUACCUUCCAGAAGUCCUUGAGCAAAAUUUUGGAAACAGGCGGCUUGCACAAGAUGGAGCGCAAUCAUAUCCAUUUCUGUCAGGCGCUUCCAGAACAUGGCGGUGUAGUUUCCGGCAUGCGUCCCGAAGCGACUGUGGUUAUCGAAGUGGACAUCGCCAAGGCCAUCAGGGACGGCAUUCGUUUUUAUGUGUCCGCCAAUGGUGUAGUCUUGACCGACGGAGUAAGGGGUGGCUGGUUGCCGACGGAGUACUUCAGUCGGGUCUUCGACCGAAAAACCGGAAAGGAUCACAAGAUUUGGCGGAAAUUCCUCAGCGACCAGAACCGGGAUGAUCCGGACACUAUUCGGGAACAACGCCGUCGCGCACGGGAAUGAGGGUUUGCACCUAGGCUAGGUACAGGUAGAAGUAAUUUCUCAUCAGACUCUCCUUGUGGCAAAAGGGGAAAGAUGCUCGAGAGGAUACGCAAAACUAACUAGUACGAUCUUUCAGUGGAUUCGAGACAGCACCAUGUUGUACGCGACAAUGAAUUCUAGUACAGCCUUAGCUCUAGCAAAAAACCAUACGCGCCCCACGAUGCAUCACCCCUGAUAGUAGAAAGUGUCUCGUUUAAUUCAUGUUCCACCCAUUAGAUAUGAGGAUAUCCCAGGGCAGCGCUUCGUCGCUUUUCUUCUAUUUAGCUGUAAGCAUCCGGAUCCGAGCUGGAAUAUCAUGGACAUUAGUGAUUCGAUUGUGAUUGAUCCCCUCAAAUUUUCCUCUCUUCUUUGGACGCUAUCAGUGACACUGAUGGAUCGAGCGUCCCUUGAUAUUUGUAUUGGUCAUUGAUACAUGAAAAUGCAAGACGCGACGUAGCUGUGCAGCUGUUCUUGAUGGCAACACUUAGGAAAAUUCUUAGUACUAUUGGGAAUCAGAAAAGCACUCGAUAACUAUAAAUGUUAUAAAGACAAUCACCUUCACGAUUAAGAAACUUCUGAGCCAUCAUAGCUCGCGACUAAACAAAUGGGCAUUGAGUAGCCCAGCCAAAAACUAAUGUAUCUAUACCCAACAUAUCUGUUGAUCCCUGUUCGGGAAAGCUAGCAAAUCGCUGGAGACAGAAAGGCUCAGCUCGAAUGGUUCUUCAUCUUUUUUUCUCACUCACUCUGUUUGUUAUGUAGGCGAAGGGAGAGUGUUUGCGCAGAGAUAAGGAUGAACAAAAGAGGUAAA